AGUGGCAUUUCGCCGUUGUGUUGUUACCAGAGGACGCCACGCAGCCCUUUUGGUACAAAAUGGCGUUGUUUUCUAGAGUUUUUGAGUUAGGGAUUUUCAUCUAUACUUUCAAUUUUUGCUAUGCAUUCCCUCGAGAAAGAAUUGCAAAUAUAUCUCGGGAUGAUAUCAAGCAUAAAGAAAUGCUUCCUCCUGACCACAUCGCUGGCAGUCAUAUGGAACAUGAUGGAGACAUCAACAAAGAUUUUCAUCAUGAAGCGUUCUUGGGUACGCUUGUGAAAGAAGGGAAGCUAGAUUUUAGUAAUAUGGACGGCUACAGAAAGCUUAUCGGUAUAUUUCACAAAGUUGAUAAAAACAAAGACCAUCUUCUGGACAAGGUAGAGCUACAGGAAUGGAUUCACGAUCGUAUUUUGGAGCAUUAUUAUGCCGCAAAGGCGGACAGCGAUUCUGUUUUCAAAAAGGUUGAUAUUGACAAAGAUGAUUUAAUACGAUGGUAUGAAUACAAAGCAACACUGGUUGAUCUCGACCCAAGGAAAUUAAGGGAUGCUAACGUGUCUUUGGAGUCUGACAGAGAUGGAGAGUUUGCAAAAGAGGUAGAACAUUGGUACAAAGCUGAUCUUGAUGGGAACAAAUACUUGAAUUCAACAGAAUUUCUUGCUUUCAUUCACCCUGAGCACAAUAAAAGAACAUUAAGGGCAAUGGUUGAGGAAAUGAUGCCAGGUUUUGAUAAAAAUGGCGACAAGAGAAUCUCAUUUGAAGAGUUUACUGCUCUACCUCCUGGAGAGGUUGACCCAGAAGAUGCUGCUUUGGACAGGGAAUAUGUUGCAGAACGUUCAAGAGAAUUCAAAGAAGAUAUGGAUCAGAAUGGUGAUGGAUUUGUAACUAUGAGUGAGUUAGAACGAUAUUUAGAUCCAAGACACAUACAGCAUUCAAUAAGGGAAGCCCAAUAUCUUAUAAGAAUAGCUGAUAAGGAUGCUGAUUCUAAAAUUGGUGAACAAGAAAUGCUUACUAACUAUGCAUUGUUCACGGGCAGUAGCUUGGCGAAUAACGCAAGGAUACUUCACGAUGAGUUCUAAAGCAUGGAUAGAGUCAUUUAUUUUAGGGGUGUGUUGUCCAUUUUCCGGCAAUAUGGAAAUCUGGGAAUUGAGGCUUGCUGUGGUCCAAGCAGUUCCUUAAGCCUUGUUCAUUUUUUUGUAAUUAUCACAGGAAUCAGAGACUUCCUUAGAUCCUUCCGUAUUUUACGCCAAGUGUGAACAUGAUUUAGAAGGAAUCCCCGAUAACUUCGAGUUUCUGUCAAAUAUAAACCAAUUCUAUUUUAGACAUUCUAGCUCAUGGUAUCCCUUAUUUUACGAUAAUUUCAACUGGUUGCGAAUUUCGGAUGCCACUAAGGCACGCGAAUAGAUGAUGUAUAUGGUGUUUAUUCAUGGUGUCAACCCAGGCUCUUGCGAGAAUUACGACAAACGUCAACUAGACAUAACUACCAACCCUAAAUUAAUAACCUUGAUAUAAUUUUUUUUAUGAUUAUUGAAUGAUAACACGCUAAAAGUUUUUGGGAACCUAAGACUGUGUGACGUAAACACUGCUAGUAGUUUUGCAAACUCAUAAUAGUUCCAUUACCUAUCAAUCCAUAUUCCAUUUCAUAUCAUCCCAUUUUCAAGGUACUUUUAAGUUGCUCAAGAUUAACUGAAAUGCAGUCCAUUAUUUUUCGCAAGGAUGUGAUAGUUUUACUAUUGAUCACGGCCGAGAGACCUCAUAUUUUCUCGGGUAAUUAGUGUAUCAAAGCUUUUGUUUCCCUGUGCCUGCUUACGUUGAUCUCUCGGCGUGCGUCGUUUACAUCAUUUAACUCAAAUGUCUCACAGAGGGAGCACAACCAAUUGCUUCUCAUUGUUGUCUAUCUGUAUAAUUUUACAGUAUUUAACGUAAAAUAAAAUCGUUUUUCGUUGAACGUAAAAGUAAAUUGGAGAGUAAAACAUUUUUUGGCGGUAGAAAAAUCAAAAAUGGCUUUGAAAAAAGCAAGCAUUUUGACACAAAGUUAAGAUUUUCCUCUGAGCUAAUUUAGGCCAACUAUUUUCAAGACGUAUAACCAUAAACAACAAGUACACGCUCAUUAUAAAAACCUUAACCCAUCUUUAAAGUUUUACAAAUCCUACAGUUGCAAUACUUACAUUUUGUUGACUUUAGAUGCUUUUAAAAAAAAUUGCAAAGAGACUCAAGUUUUAAUUUCUGGUGGUAAUUUCGACCAUACUCUUUGGCCCAUGAACCUUACUGUAUCUGUUCCAUAUUAUAUGGCUCUCACUUUUAAUAGAUUUAAAAUGCUCAAGCAUCUUAGCUGAUAUUCUCUCAUAAACGGAAGAUUGAACUGAAUUUUUGUUUGGUUAAUUUCAACAUUAAGCAACGGUAGGUUCUUCUGAUUAAAAGACAAGCGAUUUGUCAUUUUCUAACAUCUCACUUCUCCAAAAAGAGCAAUGUUGCCUCUGUACGUAUGCAGUUCUGAGGAAUCUUUCAUGUUAUCUAUAUGUUCCUAUCGUGGAGCAUCCAAAUCAAUCCAAAUCGAUGGACAGUAGCUGAACUGUGACAGUACCAAGAAUUCAUCACCAGUUUCAUCUAUGUUUUGACGUUAUGUACUUUGGAGAGUGUCAGACGAUAAGCUUUGUCUUUUUGUUUCAAAACUUUUGCUUUUUUCAAAGCCAUUGUCAAACUCAACAAAAUUAAAUAUUUCUUUGAAAGCAAAACCACUUCUUUUUAUCAAAAUAGAAGAAUGAUGCUUCUACUGCACCAUGUUAAUCGUUAUUACCGAUCACUCGUUAUUUCUGUCGUCGUGCAUUUUUUUCAGUUAUUGUCAGUGAAUUUUGUUGGUGUUUUUAUUUUACAACAUAACAUAUAUUUAUUUUACUUUCAUAUGAUUUGAUAACACCUUGAAAAAUGAAUAAUAGAAAGAAAGAACGAGUUGAAGGAUUGUUGAGCAAAUUUGGGAAGGGUGUAGGUGCACCCAUGAGUGGACAGCCUGUCUCCAUCCUCCAUUUUCUAAGAUUGCCCAUCCAAUUUCCCUGUUGUCUCCCCCUUCCUUUCCUUUCUUGCAUUCCUCCUCCCACCACCGCUCUAGCUGUCCUGCCUCCCCUUUACAUAAUGACCAAAGUACUUAAACUUCUUCUUCACCACCUCCACCACUCCUUGUGGCUCAUAUCCGCAAAUUUCACAGAUCAUAUCUUUUACCCAUUCUUUUGUCUUUGUUUCUUUCCAUGAUAUUCCCAACAUUCUUCUGUAGGUCUUCAUCUCAAAUGCUCAAAGCCUUUGCUCAUCUUGUUAACUAACUGUCAAACUCUCACAAGAGAAUAAUAGAUUAGCCAUCCAGUUGAUCUCCUCUGUAGCAGUUUGUUCUUUAUUGCUAUGUUCUUUGCUCUCGAUGUUAUCCAUCUUUGUCAACGCACUUAUCGUUCUUCCAAUUCUGAUUCUAAUUUCUCUGAUUUCCCAUCGUCUACCAUUGUCGAUCCUAAGUAUGUGAAGUUCUUUAUUUGUUCCAGCUUUACUCCAUCUACUCUCAAAUCACAUCCCUCUUACCCUAGGAAUAAAACACUGUUGCAGAGAUAAGAGAUAAAUUUUGUUGCUUCUUGGAUAAUUAUUUGGAUGUUUUCUUUUAAGCUUUUUCAUUAAAUUAUUGAUGUAAUAGAUGUUAAUUUUAUUUACAUUCUGACGUCAAAUUUACCUGUCUGAAAUUCUGUUUGUUGUUUUUCAUUGUGUCUCUAUGUAUCAAUGUUUCAUUCAUAAAUGCAUGUCUGAAGCAUUUGAAAAUAUAAAAUCAGCUCCAAAUUUUGGAAAGAAAAAAGGGAGAAAGGAAAACGAGAUAAACUAUAAUCUGUCUGCCAGACGCUGUAAAUCAAAGAUUAAAAGUCAAAGUUCAGUUCACUUCAGUUCAGUUCAGUUCACUUCAGUUCAGUUCAGUUCAGUUCAGUUCAGUUCAGUUCAGUUCAGUUCAGUUCAGUUCAGUUCAGUUCAGUUCAGUUUAGUUUAGUUUAGUUUAGUUUAGUUUAGUUUAGUUUAGUUUAGUUAUAUGGAUUCAGCAUAAUUGGAGGGGUAAUUUAAAUCCUGUUCUUUUUAUUUAAGUGUUUAGAAUGCAAAUGUAAAAUGCAACGACUAGGCAUUUAAAUAUAAGAAUGCUCUUUUUGUAUAACCUUAAGCAACUUUGGUGAGAAAUUACCCAGCCUCUUUUGUAAAUAAGAAAAGACCUUAACUAGUUUGCUUGUGUAGGUCAUGAAACCUUGGGAAAAUAUGACAGUUUUUUACUUGCCAAGAGAAGCUGAUUAAAAGUCACAAAGCACUUAGGCAAGUACAAACCGUCGGUUCGAAAGCUUGCUGGUGUAGAUGACUUGGCCAAUCCAUUUGGCAAUGCUCUCUCAUCCGAAGAUCCUUUUUCUCUUAAAAGCUUUGAUCACAUGUUUCGUGGCUGCCACAAGUCUAAACAUAGAAAGGCCCAUCGAUACUGGGGCUUGUGUCUUUCAGUUCCCCCAAGUUGCUUGCUGGCCUAACCUGCCUGGGGGUAAUUGCCUGCCAAAUUCAGAGGCUUUAAAUUUUUGCUUUAUUUCUUAUUUAUACAUUAGCAAGAAAAAAGUUUUCCGUUAACCGAGCCAUGUGUCUGAAUUUAAGAUCUUUGUUCCCGAAGAGAGAACUCGUGGUUUGUGGAAACCGAGGCUUAUGUAAUCUCCUCUUAGUUUCAUCUAUGGGAACUAUUAAUAGAAAACAUUUUUAGAAUUUUUUUUCAAAAUUGCAUGAGCGAGAGAACUUUUCAAAGAAAUCGAUCCAAAAAACUAUUUCUGUAGAUUGCUCCCUAAAUUUUUCAAAUUUCAAAUAGUUUGAUUGAUUUUGUAACUGUUAAUUUCUCUUCCGUUUUUGUUUUCUACUUCUGUUCUUGUUUUCCAGUAGUGGCCUUAGCACCAAGCCAGGUGUUUUCUGUCCUUUUUGCAAGGCAAAGUCUACCUCAUGCAACCCAUGCUAAGACACAUCGAUAAACUUUGCAUUUUCACAACAUAAUACACAUGACCUGUGCCAACAUAACCCCAGGACUAAGUAACUACUAUAUCAAUCUUACGUAGUACACAAAGAACUUUAACAGCAAGCAGUUAUAAAACCUUGAGCCUUAAAUGACUUACAAUACAACUAAUGGAUUACAAUUGUCAUUUUACGAACACCAUCUGGCUAGUUUGUAGUUUCUUGGCACUUUUUUGUUCAUUUUUGUAUAGUCUAUUACAAGGGGUUCACCAGGGACAAUAGUUAUUGAUUUACCGAGACAGGCGUAAAAUUGCUUCAGGGGUUUAAGUAAAAUAGUCCAUAUUGCAAGAAUUUCUUUAGAGUAUUGUCCCUCUUUAGACCAUAAACGUCGGUUAGAGGGUUUUGAUCUUUUCCGUCGGUUAUGCAGGAGAUUCUUCCAAGUUGGGUUCGUUAAGAAGAAUUGCUCGUUUGAUUGGCUCUUGUUUGGACCAAUCAGAGACCGCUAGCACAGGAAUGGAAUAUCCGUGGUUUUUAUCACGCGUUUUAUUUCUAAAGAAAUUUCCUGUAAUUGAAUUCUUGUUUGGAAGACACUGCUAAUCAGUUCCUGGGUCCUGUUUCAAACCUUUAAUCGGUUUCUGAGUCCUGUUUCAGAAAAGCGCAGAUUAACAUAGAUACCGACUGAUGCAUUUCAUCUUAAUUUCCAUCGAUUGACAACUAGCUGUAUAAAAAAGGUCUCAUAUGAAAGAUAAUUUCGAUUGUUAUAUUUGCGUUUUUUAUUUGCAGCUUCUUGGAUGAAAGAAGAAAUAUACAGCUUUUUGCUGUUCUCCCCAAGCAUCUCUUUUGCUUGGUAACUCUAGCAGUUGUGGUUGAGCCACCAUCUUAAAGAUUCUCAGAGGGCCUCGAGCCUCCAAAUCCGUGCGCAGUUGGCGCCUAUGCCAUAAGAAUCUGGACUUCUGAAAUUACCACUGCCCUUAAACACCAAAUAAUUUUUGGAAUUCCGCUUCUUUGUUGCCCCACACCACCCAACCACCCCCUAUCCUUUUUAAAGGGAAAUAGACCCCUACUGCACCCUUCUGUGUUUUCAAUGUUUAGUUAAAGCAUUAGUUUCAACAGUUAUGCUCCGGGAUUUUCGAAAGUACUAGAUCAAACAUUGGCUGUGGUCUUUUCUAGCAUGCUUGCCUUUACUGAAAAAAGGAUACUCCCUAGAACGGCUUGAUUCCAUUUUUAAAAGGAUAUUCAAUAACUCAAUUCCGUUUUUCCUGUGCGUUCUGUUGACGUUCAGUUCAGCACGAGUUAUUGUGGUUUCAUGCACACAAUUCGGUGAGCACUGCAUGAUAGAAGCGAAUUUUGGUUCCUGAGAUAAUGACCGACACAAAGCAAGUAGCGUGGUAUUGAAAAAGGAAAAAGAAUGAGAAAUCUAAUUGGUAAACAACACUAGCUUACGGCAAGUUUAUUAUUUCCUUUUUUCAAAUUUAUUUUAAACCCUAGAAAUAUGUUUUAAAUAACGCCUGGCUGCCUGCUUGCUAUUUUUAGAUGUUUCCAAUCAAAUUUCUCUAUUGUAUAGAUUGUGUCGAAACCCGGCAAAUUGAUCUGGAUCAGUCUUUCAAUAACUAAUUCAAUUCGCUAUUCUUUGUUUCCAAAUUAAGGAGAAUUUCAAGGUGUCAGUCACAUGGAGACUGUGCGAUUUAGCAGCACGGAGGGUGUAUCCCUCUUUCUUCAAUAAAGCUAUCAUCUUCAAAUGUCGUUAUUGAACCCCUUUUAUCAGGUUCUCUGGAAAGUACAAUUAAAAGACGCCUCAUGCUGUUGCCCCAUUUAUGGCUGCAAUUAGGCCCAGCCCUUUCAAUAGAAACACUCAUCUUGCAGCGGCUUUAGUGACAAGAAGUUUAAUCUAUGAAGAAAAUAGAUUAUCCAAACAGCGCAAUGUGAUUUUGCAACGUCUGUGAAAAAUUCCCAAGUACGGAAUUAUUUCGCAACCCUUUUCUAUACCCAACGGUAAGAAUUUUAAAAGCUCUUGGAACUUUGUGAUUUAAAACCAUCUUAAAUUUUGUUAAAGGCAUACGCCAAUCUACACUCAUUUUUUUAUAAGAAACUGGCGAUAAGAAACGAGUACUGGACAGUCAGAAAAAAUUAAGAAACUUCAGUACUCGAAGAAAAAAAUUAAGAAACUAUUAAAUCGUGAUAAAACUGAAAACAACGAAAUCUUGUGAAAUCCAAGAACAAGAUUGCCCUUUUGGCCUAGAACUUAAGACGCAAGUGAUAAAAAUAUACUUCCCACAUCUAAAUACAGCAUUGGAACUGAAACGAAUCUCUUGACGUGAUAAAAAAGGUCACAAACAUUUCAUAACAUCAUUCAUGACAUCAUAAUUAAGAAACUCUUAGGAAACAGUGAGUAUUGAAAUUUCCAGAACAUUAAGAAACUGGAGUACUCAACAUCGACCUUUGUUUCUUAUUAAAAAAUGAGUGUAUAUAAUGAUAUGAUAAAAAUAAUAAUGCAGUUCAUUAUACAGGGUUGCCUUUUCAGCAAGAAAUGUGCUGUUGUCAGUAUGGGCCUUGAACCAAGGACGAAAAAGAGGAAAGAGGAAGAGAUCUGGGCCUCGCCCUCUAGAAACACCCUCUUUUGGAUGCAUCUUACAAUUUCAGAAAAAUUAAUUCGAGGGUAUAGCUUUUAAAAUCCAACGUGAAUUCAGUAAAAUGUUAGAUUUAGUAAACAGUGAUAGUCUUGCUGAAUACAGACAGUUAAUGAAGAGACAAUAAUUUUCUUUAGUUCUAAAAAUACGAGCUGAUAAAAUUUGAGCCAAUAGAUCGUUAGGAAGUUCUUAAGACUGACUUGCUGUUACCUAUGUUUCACUAAGUAAUAAUUCCUAAUUUCUUUCCUUGAAUAGUUUCACAUAAUUUCUUACACUUCCUUGACAACUAGAGACAUCCUAAAGCUCUCUUACCCCCUUCCCCCUCCCCCUUGAGAGCCGAUAAUCACAGGCCCCGACAACCAUUAGCCAUCGCAAAUAAAUUCCGAAUCAUCCAAAAAGGCAUCAAGAUAAUAUUCGACGCAGCAGGUUGCAUACCGAAUGUCUGCCUGUCUCAGAAUAUCUCCUAAAUGGAAUAAAACAAUUAAACAAAAAUAGGUUGGAUAGCCUUUGCUAAACUUAAUGCGGAUAAAACGGAUAAGCCAUCUCUUAAAGAUUAAUCAUGAAUACCUUUGAACUAGAUUACAAUUAAUCGCAGUACCUGACGGUAAAAGGAAUUGUUUUGAUCUUUUAACGAGAUUAUUUUGCUAUAUCAACUCACAACUCAGUGGGUUUCUAACAUUCUAUCUACCAUGCGCUGAAUACAAAGAAGACCACUUUUACGCACUCGUCUGACGACAGCGUAAAUCUACGUCAUUAGAGCCCAGGUCUCUAUGCCUUUACCAUCGAUCUAAUUAUACAUCCUUUGAAUUAUGGGACUCUCUUUGACGUUGGUCCUGGUAGGGGUCAUGGACGGGCACAUAAUUCAACCAAAGUUUCCUUAUCAAAUUCUUACACAAGGCAGUUAAAUUUACAUUGUUCAUAGCAGUUAGCAUUUAUUGCAAAUUUUCUCACAAAUUUUGUUUGAUAGAUGCAGAAACUUGGAUAUUUGAACUCUUUGUGUUGUGUCGGACUUUUCAUUUUCUAAAGGAAAGCGUGAAUCAUUUUAAAAAGAAAGCAGUUAGUCGAUAAGAAUCGAAAAACUCAAUAUCUCAGCAAAUCCUCAGGAGGACAAGGAAGGGCCAAAUUGUUCGUUCGCAAGAUAUUUACGUUCUACAAAUCAUCUGAUCCGUGCCAUCGUGUGAUUUGCAACAGAUUACUUCUUUCUGUUUUUUAUCAUUGUUAACUUUAGCCUAGUUAAUUUUAUGGAUGUAUUUGAAGCGUUUUACAUUUCACAAUCUGGUCUUCUCUCACCUUUCCCGCUUUCCACCGUUGUCUUUUCGAAUAGCUUGGUUCUGCCGAGUUCAACAAGGUCUACAAUGUGCUCCGUCUCUAACGGAAAUCCAUACACUACCUUUUUAGGCCGUACUAUUUCAGAUAUGCAUUCCUCCAUCCCUCCAUCGGCGCCUUGAACUGCCUUUUUUCCCUCUUCCAUUGGCCCCCAUCUCUUCACUCUCUAUAUAUAGGCUUAAAUCGACUCAGAAGCACUCUGAUUAAUGCAUUAAUGUAAGCAAAAGUUCUUAGUAAAGCUUUUAGUUCUUAGUAAGGUUUCGGAUCUGAUUUUAAGGCGAGACUAAAAGUAAAGUUGCUAGUGUCCACUAACUAUACCAGUUGUGGAAAAUUAUGGAAAAUUACCGCUGUCUUAGUUUUCUUUGUAUAUUGUGAUUUUCACGUAAUCAAAUAAAUACUUAAGUUUUGAUUGAUCUCCUGAAUAUCUAACAAAUCAUUCAUUCGCUGGCUUUAACUCCUUACUAAGAAAUCGUGUCUCAAAAGUUCAACACUAUUUAUAAGUUUGCAUUAAACUGAUAGUAAUUGCAAGUUUCGGGGCCAAGGAGUGGAGCCAUGGUAGCUUUUGCAAUGAGCUUGUUUUGUCUAAGCUUAUAGGCCAUAAUUCCAUGUUCAAUUUAGGGUUCAUUCAAAGGCUCUGCAAUUCAUUCAUCACUACAAUUCAGCGACCCUACACUUGAUAAGAAAAUCUAUAAUCUUAUAUAUUUAUUAAGUGAUAUUAUUCAAUAUAUAUUAUUAAAACAAUUAUGUAAGUUAUACUCGCACUAUCGGUGGGUUGUCGUCGUUGUGUGGUCUUUAUCCUAUUCUGUUAGACUUACCAACUUCAUUUUUACUUCACCAGCGAGCAAGCCUUACAAUGCUUGAGAAUAACUGUCUUUAAAAAGGACAGAGAGGUUUUGCGAGCAGUAUUGGAAGCACAUACCUAAAGUUUUUAUUGAAUAGGGUCUCAUGGCUUACCCAAAAAAGCCUGUCUUCUUCGAAUUUCAAACCUUGUUUCAGGUUAUCGUAUACAUUUUCGAAAUUUCAAACCCUUAUUGGCUCCCCUUGUCUCACACCAUUGGUUAGAAGACCUUCCUGUGUGCGAGUUCUGUGCUUUUUGGGAACUUAUUUCAGAUUUCUGGAAAAUCUGAUAAGGUAAAGGUUUUGUAUUGGGCGGUCCCAGGAAACCAAGAUAGCUUUACUCCAAAAUUCUAAAUGUAGAAAUACGCCAUUACACCAAAUAAAUCGAACCAGGCUCGGUCCAACAUCAGACUCUGGUCUUGAGGACAAUAUGUCUCCUGCAAGGAGCGAGAUACCAGGAGGCUGGGGGGCCUUGGCCCCCCAAAAAACUUACGUUGCAUAAGUAAAAUACUUUUAUUUUGUAAAAUAUGGCUGUUGUUACAUUGAUUUACCAUGGCUGCCGCCCCCACCUCCCCCCCCCCAAGUAAAAAGUUUUAUCUCGGUCUUUGGCCUCCUGCGUUACGUAAACGGCUUUGACUAGCAAGAUCAGUUUGAUUUGGCCAUCAAGAAGACAAAUGCAAAUGAUUUAUCGAUUAACACACGUUUGCUGUUCUGUUCCUUUGUAACCAAUUGGGUCUAACUAUCACCUUGAUAAUCUUCCGGGAAGGGUUUUGGAAGAGAAUGAUCCUCCGGUCCUUCUCUUUGAAUUUUAUGAAAUCUUGUUUAUUGGAGAGAUAUAUUUAUUUGCGAGAAUGGUCAUCCCUGCCCUACUCACAGAAUUUUGUUUUCCCCAUUGGAAUAGAAAUUGAAUUGGAAGUGGAAAUGAAAAUAGAUUGCCGAUCUUUGGAAUGAUUUAAGCAAAGAUUUAGCCAUCACAGAAUCUGUUGCAAUUUCUCACGUAUGUACUGGGAAGGGGAACUCUUCCUUCCUUAUGACGAAAUAUUGGUAAACACUUUACGUCACACCAGCGCCCCCCGCUCGAUUGAGCAACCCAGUGAACAGCUAACUACGGACUGAUAAAGGGAUAUGGAAUGCACGGAAUGGAGUUACGGAGCUGUGUCAUGUCAUCUAAGAUUCUAGCCUGAGAUCAGGCUCUCGGGGUGGAGGAGGCAGGCUACCAAGAUUCAAGCUCUUCAAAUUAUGUUUUCUUCUUUUUGGCAAAUCUAGAUCUUCGUUUUCAGAUUCCCUUUGAUAAAAUUGGAUGGAAUUACUAAAGUCAAACCCAUGUUAGUGCUGCCGGAUUAAGUAAUAGAGAUUGGACAUGUAAAGACAAUUAUGUUCUACAGGCAUGAAAUCAAGCAGCUCACAAAUAUUUGCUCUUUAUCAAUCUACGCGAAAUAACUUUGCCCUUAUCCCCUAGCAUAUUGAACACUUCAGCUCCAAGUCCUUAAAAUAUGUCCUUAAAUUCCAAGAUCCCUGUGUUGAAAAGGUAUUCUAACUACAGUAAAAGUUAAAAAUGUCCAAGACAACCACGAUCGUUAAAAUUUUGAUUGAAUAGUUAUUGUUGAUAUAUAAGAAUUCAAUUGAAUUGUCGGACAAGGAUUCUGUUAUGGAGGAUGAAUCCUCCAGCCCCAUCACCCUUUAUCUUUAUAUCGGAUACCGUCAAACGAAUGUUAUUUCCCUUUUCAAGCUAUUAGAGCCUAGUAACCGCUCUGUUAACCCAGUAAGUAGUUCCUUCUAUUUUUGCAGCAUUGCAGAUUUUCCCCAAUAAAAAUUAACAACGAUAUCCAGGGCCUCCGACGAAGGGGGGCCCUCCCCUUCCACUUUUUUGCAAAACAAUAGAGCUUUAUAAAAAUUAUCCCUUGCUCCCCUCCCCCAUUUUCCAACUUGCGUCGGAGCGCAUGAUAUCUCAAGAAAGUUGGAGCUUUCUUAAUCAUUGCCCACGUUCCUGGGUUCUCUGUCCUAUUCUCGGCGCAUUGGUCCUUUCUCGUAUUAUUGUCGAUUUUCGCAAUAUUAAGACAGAUGUGAACAAGCUAUUUGAUAAACAAUCCCUUUUCAAGGUUUUAAUGGCAAAAUGUGUUGUUUUUAUUGAAUUUCUAACUGUCGAAGCUUUAGAAAUUUUUUUGAAAUUCUGAAAGCCUCGAUUACGUUAGGCACUCUUUGAAGUUAUGGUGUUGUUUUGCUAGAAAAAUUAGCUUCUUUUAGAUGGAUUGUCACAUUUCAAUCUUUUCACGCGGUCUGGUAAAAUCUUUCAGUGGUGAUAAUUAGGCUCAGUUUACUUCAGAACUGGCGGCCCAUUACAAUGCUUCCUGUUCCAUGAUUUAACAAACGAUGAUUGUUACGGUCGGUGUUGCUUUUGAACUGGCUGCCAGAACGUUUAAUUCCUGUUCCAUGUUUUAGCAGACUCGCGAAUGUAAGGGCGAUAUACGCAUACAUUUCUUAUUGAAAUUGCUCAUCUUUUGUCAUUGCGAAGACAAACGUCUAGUUGGUCAUUUUUCAUACAAAAGCGAAUUACGUGCAUAUCUUUUCAACUUGUUAUGAAUUGAACUUAGAGAGAGGAUCUCAGUUUUUGACCCAGAAAAUUUCAAGAGAGAUUUGUGGAUACUGGACUUUUAAAAGUGUCGAAUGAUAAUUGUAUUAAGAUAAGAAAUCUCAUAUCUUAUUAUUCUUUUCUUGUCCGUUGGUAAAAUCAAAGGAAGUGGAGGUCAUAUUGGAGAGAGGAUCGAGAAAUAAGCAGCCACGGGUCCUGCAAAGAGGUACUCAACAUUUCCACGCACGAUGGAGUACCAUCAGAAGCUCUCAGUUGAGGCUUAUGCAAACGAUCACGUCAUCCAUCAGAACGCAUGCGCUGAUCGUAAGCUGCAGAAGCAGCUUGACCACCUAGAGAAAAUGCAAAAGAGGCAACGGAAAAAGUUUGAGCAGGAAGAACAUUACUUCCAAGCCCUGCAUAGGGUCGUCCCCUCAAUGCAUCCAGGAGAUGAUUUACACACGCAAACGAGAGGCCAAGGUCGAGGAACGAGGCAUGUUUUGAGUAAGAGGCUGACGUAUCCAACGACGAGCCCUCACAGUUUUGUUGUACCCGCAUUGUCUUGCAGCGAUGGUUUGGAUAAUCAUUGCACUCCCAAUGCUCGCAGGGAUAUUCUGAACCUUAAAGGUAUUGCAAGUAACGCGCCACAUGGUAAUCAAACCAGUAAAUCAUCUGAAUUAGUUGAAUCAAAGUCAGUCUUUGAACGAAAUCAUUCAGUCGUUACUCAUCAAAAAUAUCCCAGAGAAAAUGAGCCAGUGCUAGACAAACCAGAGGUACAUCACGAAAAUAUCACAACACGCAGAACGGCAUGGCUGAGGUCAUUCGAAGGUGAUCAGAGAUUCCUAAUCAAAGGUACUGAAUCUCAUCUAAGUGAGCGAGGCCCAAUCACACCGCGCCAUUCAACGGAUAGCCGUGCCUUGAGCAGCAACGCUAAAUGCAGCCAGUUUGUCAAAGAUAACAGGAAAUAUCUAAAGGAUGUUAUCAUAGAGUCAGCAUCAAGCACCUCGGCCUCGACGGAGGAGAACAACGAAGAGCAAAAAGGUAGAUCAGAAAGAAAGAUCAACUCUGCCAAUUCUGAUCAAAGCGAAUGGGACUCAACAAGCGAUGUGGAAGAGAGGCUGCCAAACAUAGCUGGUGAAAAGGUCGGCCUACGGGUUUGGACAGCGGAGAAGCCUUCAUUUGAAAUGCGGAUGCUAUACCAGAUGAAAAACGGUCAUUUAGAAGUUCCUAAAGUUGACACUGAGAAAAAUACAAAAUUUCAGUUUGCGUCGGGGGACGAAGUGACGAGGAUUGAGAAACUUUCGCUUGGAAAAGGAACACUGAGAAAGGCUUCUAGUCUUGAGCAUCGUUACCCAUCUCCCCAACAAGCAUCAAUCCACGAGCAUAGUGACCUGCCAUUAGUUAAUGGUACACACAUGACAUUAGUGAAAUUCUUGCCUAAAAGCAAACAGGCUCUUUAUUUGAAAUAUGGAUCUGAUUCCGUCGGGGGUCUUUCUAACAGCUGACAUGCAGGAGAAACCAAUCGAUUUUAGAAAAUUAGAUUUUGAUUUCAAUCUUAACUAGAGUUUAUUGGUAAGCUUUCCCGCGAUGCUUUCCCAAUCUUGUAUUUAAACCUGAUUCGUCUUGUUCGAUAACUGUCCUUAUGAAAUGAAGAAUUUUAUGAGUUGACAAUUUUCAAAUAAUGAAUCAAACACCUUGACCAAAUGACAGCCUUUCCAAAAAUUGCAAUUAUCUUUAAGAAGAAAACAAAAUCUAUAAGAUUACGUUGCCAGAUAACUCUAAAAGCUGCACCCCUAAGUCUAUUGUUUAUCCCUUUAAAAACCAUCUCUUUCUAUCCUUCAUUUUAUCUAGGCCCAAACGAAGUUGUCUUCUUUUGAUGGCUUGACUCUAGGUAUGGUAUUUGAAGAUAUUCUUAAGCCUAAACAGACCAACACUUUGACAAUUAGGCUCAUGGAAAUCGACUUCAUUACUUUGUUCCAUAUUUUACAUCGUUUGUUAAUGACGUCAUAUUUAUAGGUAGAUAUUUCUUUUAUGGAAUUAAUGGUAAUUUAAUCGUAGUUAGAUUAACUUCUGUUCUUUCUUGUGAAAGUAGAUUUGUACA